UUGAUGAUGCAAAUAAAUUUAAAUUUCUUCAGUAAUUUCUCUCUGGAAUUAUCAUGUGUGGCAGGUAAACUCGAGCUGGCUACACAGAGAAGCCAAAACUGAAGUAAUAAUGUGUCAUUAAGUAUUUUUUUAAGUAUAGGGCUUUUGUCUUUGGGUUCGUAUCAUAAACGUUUGUGCUUUUUCCUUCAGAGACAUGGGAAAAACCCAAGUGACACUUAAAACAGUUGAGAGCAUCGUCAUGAUGAGCCCCAAGUUAGAAAAACUGAUUUUACCUAGCCGUAUGGCCUGCUGCCUCUGCCAAUUUAAAAGUAAUAUUGAGGUUUUCUAUAAUACAGUCAAGCUGCAUUGUGACAGUGAAUGUCUGACAAACAUCGCAUAUUGUGAUGACGGAACAUCUAUAGGGGACCCAGAAGGGUCGUUCAUGAAGGCAUUACAAUCCCGGAGGAAGAGUAGCAGCCCUGAGCUGACUAUCGAGCCAGAGAAGGUGGCCGCAGACAAAAAUGCCAUCAGUUUGUCAGCCUUCAAAAGUGAGCAAGAAGACUUUAGCAAGGAAAGUGCACUUAGCUACAUAUCAUCUUAUUUCUCUGGACAGAUGGAAGGUGCAGAAUCAGCAUUAUUACAAUUCAUUAAAACUUACAAACUUCUUUCAAACAUACAAGGAGGAGAUGAGCCUGUGGGGCAUUUGCGAAACAACACAGAGAACACUUCUCUUCCACCUGGAUCCAGCAUUUCAGCUGACAAAAAUAAACAGAAAAUAAUCUCUGUUCUGGAAGAUAUCAUAGAUGCCAUGCCUCUAUGUUCCAAACUUCUGAGUCCCAGAUUUAACCCCCAAAUCUCCACCAAAACAUUGGAAACUGCCCUAUUACAAGAAAACAGCCCACCAGAGAUUCAGAGAGUAGGGAGGAGGCCGGGGCCUUUGAAGGUGGUCAUCAAGGGCCCAAAGGGCAUUCGGGAGAGGCGACGCAGACAAAUGAGGAAGGCAGGCAUCAACGGGAAGCAGAGGGCCCAGCUCCUUGCGGAGAGCACGGCCGAGAAAAAAGGGCUCACGACGGCAUCCCCAAGGGCGCCGGAGCAGCCUCACGUGGAGCAGCCCCCCAGGGAGACCGCAGGAAGCUCCUUCAGCACAGAGUCUUCAUUCCGAGGGGAACAGGAGGCAGCCGUCCCUUCUGUCCUGUACUUGAUGGGCAGGCCUCCUGCUUCCAAUACUCCAAAAUCUCUACCUGAGAUUAAACCAAAAUCGAAAGACCUAGCUGACAGUAUUUUUGUUUUAGAAGCUGCAAGUGCUAGAAUGAGAAAUAUGAAGGCUUCUGAACCAACCUCACACUUAAGAGAAAAGUACCUCUUUCCUGAAUCUUUGCGGCAGGUGGGCCACAAAAUCCUCAAGGCCAAAAUGAGUAGACAGUUCAGCAGUAAAGGCUCACAGAAUAGCCCGAUGGUUGUGAACAAGCCUCCAUUCACUGCAAUGAGCCUUAUAAACUCCCCUUCACAAGAGGCUUUUUCAUCGUCAGAACUGACUUUUCAGAAAAAUCAUUUUCCAGAUUUAAUUCCUCUUUUGGAUCCAACUCUCAAACUGACCGCGGAAGCACAACAGUAACACGACAAUGUGGGCGCUGACUUACCCUCCACAUCCACAGCCUUCCCUUUCCCAGGGAGCUCAUCUCCAGGUGACCACCCCGAAGCUCAGCUAAACGAGCAGCUGCGGUCCCUCAUCACCGACAGUGAUGUGAGAAGGCUCAUUUCUCGUGUUUGCUGGACUUUGAAAAUGGGCUGCUCGGAGACCCACCUGAAACCAGCCUGUGCCAAGCUCAUCUUCCAAACCGGCCUCCUGAUGAAGCUUCUCAGCGAGCAGCAAGAAGCAAAGGAGCCCAGGGCAGACUGGGAUACAGACCAGUGGGAAACAGAAAACUACAUCCACGGGAGUCCAGAAGCCCAGAGUGAACAGGAAGAGCAGGAGAUCCAUGAGGUGAGGAUAACUCCCAAAACAUGGCCCCCAGCCUGUUGGUCAGUUUGGGACAUGGCAUUGAAGCACCCCGGCAGGAAGACCACGGCCCCUAGUCUGGGUCUUGUCUUGGCCUGGGCCUUUGGGGAAGACAGGGAUCUCCCACUGUGCUCAUGUAGAGAAUGAUGCCACAACUGCUGGGGUAGGCGAGCACGGGACCU